AUGGAUACAACAAAGAAACAAGUGAUGGACAUUCUUUCUCAUGAUGCUGAUCAAGUUCUGGAAUUAUCCGGCGAUUCCUUGAUUGCCACUUCUUCUACAAGUUAUCCAAUGAUGAAAGAUGAUAUUGUUUACGGACUUGAUGAUGACUUGGAGAUCAUAAUUAAUAGGUAUCAUUUUGACAUUCUUGCUUGGGUUACAAUAUCUCAAGAAUUUAGCCAUAGAAGUGUAUUGUUAGAAGCUUUACAUUGCAUCUCAAAGUCAACAGUUAGUUUUCACACAAAAGAUUAUGAUAAGAUGGAUGACAAUGAGUUAGCUGACCUGGUGCAAAAGAACCUAAAGGGUCGAAGAUACCUUAUUGUUGUUGACGAUAUUUGGAGUACAGAUGUUUGGGAUAGUAUAAUAGGAAUAUUUCCUAAUUACAACAAUGGAAAUCGAAUCUUAUUGACUACUAGGAAAAACGAGGUAGCAAUGUAUGCAAAUACUUGUAGCCCUCAUGAGAUGAAGCUUUUGAGUUUAGAAAACGGUUGGAGGUUACUUUGUGAUAAGGUGUUUGGACCAAACCAUGAUCAUCCUCCUGAGUUAGAAGGAAUUGGAAAGGAAAUAGUAGAAAAAUGCCAAGGACUACCCUUGACAAUCUCAGUGAUUGCGGGACAUCUCUCUAAAGUGGCCAGGACAUUAGAAAGUUGGAAGGAUGUCGCCCAAACCUUAAGUGAAAUAAUUGCCAGUCAGUCAGAUAAAUACUUAGGAGUGCUCGGAUUUCCAAAAAAUGGUAAAAGUUUGGAGGAAGUGGCAAUUGAUUAUUUGGAGGACCUUAUUAGCAGGAACUUGAUACAAGCUAGAAAAAGGGGAUUCAAUGGUGAUAUAAAAGCAUGUGGAAUACAUGAUAUACUGCGUGAGUUCUGUUUGAUAGAAGCUGAAAUGACAAAGCAUAUGCAUGUUGAGAGAACUUACCCUACUCUUCCAACACAAAAGCAUAAUGUUCGUCGCUUCAGUUUUCAGACCAAAUCUUGUUCAGUUGAGGAUUUUUAUAAGUUAUUGACCCCUGUUGCCAGAUCUAUCUAUUUAUAUUCUCUAUGGAAUCUACCUCUUGAUCCCCGUAUUAAGAUUUUCUGGAGAAUUCCCAGCUACCGCUGUGAUCCUAAUAUAAUACCUGAAUUUUUCUCUCGUUUCAACCUUCUCAGGGUAUUGGUCAUUUUCAAUAAAGUUUUAAUGCUCUCAUCAUUUCCAGUUGUGAUUACAAAGUUGUUUCAUUUGAGAUAUCUCCAAGUUCCAUUUCACCAGAAUAUUCCUGAAUCAAUCUCAGAGCUUCAGAAUUUGCAAACUCUAAUUUGUAGUGGUUAUUCUCUCGAGUCUGUAAGUUUACCUGUGGAGAUAUGGACGAUGCAGUACUUGAGGUAUAUACAUCUACGGGCAGCCACUUCUUUACCCAGCCCUAGAAGAGAAAGUAUUCUAAAUAAGCAUCUUGUGACAAGGAUGCCAAAUCUAGAGGAAUUUUCUGGUCUUUCUUGCACCAGUUGUACAAAUGAAGUCUUUUCUGGCAUUCCCGAUCUAAGGAGAUUGAUCAUUCAAGCACCUUUAUUCUUUGAUGACUCUUUACCCAAUGGACUCAUGGAUAUGUCCAUCUUGAGAAAACUCGAAACAUUCAAGUGUUAUUACUGGCAACAUAGUUGGAUCUCGUGUAACUCCAUCAAGAGUUUUGUUUUUCCAACAUCACUUAAGAGGUUGACUUUAACUAGGUGUUAUCUUUUUCCUUGGGAAGACAUAUCAUCAACUCUCAUCAUGUUGCCAAAUCUUGAAGAGUUCAAACUUAAAGAUUCUAAAGCUACAGAUGAUAUAUGGAGAUUGAGUGAUGAAGAUAAGUUCAAAAGCUUGAAGUUGUUGUUACUAGAUGUCCUAAAUCUUAAGCAUUGGGAAUCUAGUAGUGAUAACUUCCCAAAUCUAAAACGCCUUGUUCUGAAGAAUUGCACCGACCUGCAAGAAAUUCCAGGAGAUUUCGGGGAAAUUGGUACUUUGGAAUCAAUUGAGUUACAUGAUUGCAGCACUACCACUGAGGAUUCUGCAAGAGAGAUUGUACAAGAACAAGAGGACAUGGGAAAUAAUAUUCUUAAGGUCUACAUCCAUAAUAAUUGCAGGGAAUGAAGCUUAUUUUAAGGCACCAUCUAAUGUCAUCUUCCAAAUACAAAACCUUUUAGUUCAUACUUCGAAAAGUAAAAUCUUUCGUUGUUUCUAUGUUCUGAUCAUUAAUUUGGUUAAAUUCAUGUUUUAGGAAUAAACAUGUUUAAUUCAAUUUCACCUUCAGCCUGAGAGGUAUGUUCUGUAUCAUAUGACGGAGUGUUUCAGCAACGGAGAGUUAAGGUCUUGAGCAAUCCUUAACUCUUAAACUAGCUCAAUGUCCAUUUCUUAUCAUGUAUCAGAGCCAAACUCUUCUUAAA